CAAACGAUACCAUUAGACACACAAGUAAAAAUCUUUUUAUUAGAAAACACAGAGUACGAAACGUGGGGUUUUGUAGUUGUCUAGGUUAAAAAAGUAGUCUAAGUAUCGCUUCUUUGUGGGCAUUCCACUGGUCGUUUUUGAAUUGAGGUUUCUGAAGGAUGGAUGAAAUGCGGCCUAGCAGCGGCGCCGCAGCCCACGGGUUGGCGUCGCUCUUUCCGCCGGGUCUGCAGGCGAUCUACUCGGAGUGCAGGCGGCUGUAUCCCGAUCAACCCAACCCCCUGCAAGUAACAGCCAUCGUCAAGUACUGGUUAGGGGGCCCAGAUCCUUUAGAUUAUAUUAGCAUGUACAGGAAUUUGGGGUGUCCGGCCCAGGACAUCCAGGAGCACUGGCACUACAUCAGCUUCGGCCUGAGCGAUUUGUAUGGAGACAACAGAGUGCACGAAUUCACAGGUCAAGAUGGCCCCAGCGGGUUUGGGUUUGAGCUGACCUUCAGGCUGAAGAGGGAAGCGGGGGAGACGGCGCCCCCUACUUGGCCAGCAGAGCUCAUGCAGGGGCUGGCACGAUACGUCUUCCAAUCAGAAAACACAUUUUGCAGUGGGGACCACAUUUCGUGGCACAGCCCCCUGGACAACAGCGAGUCUCGCAUUCAGCACAUGCUGCUGACAGAGGACCCCCAGAUGCAGCCAGUCCAGACCCCCUUCGGGCUCAUCACUUUCCUGCAGAUUGUUGGGGUAUGCACUGAGGAGCUACAGGCUGCCCAGCAGUGGAACGGCCAGGGCAUCAUCGACCUUCUGCGUGGAGUUCCCGUUGCUGGUGGACCCUGGCUCAUUACAGACAUGAGGCGGGGGGAGACCAUAUUUGACAUCGAUCCACACUUACAACAGGAGAGGGUGGACAAGGGCAUCGAAACGGACGGCUCCAACCUGAGUGGCGUCAGUGCCAAGUGCUCCUGGGACGACUUGAGCCGGCCGCCGGAGGACGAGGACGACAGCCGCAGCAUCUGCAUCGGGUCACAGCCCCGCCGCCUGUCUGACAAAGACACGGAGCAGAUCCGAGAGGCCUUGCGGAAAGGACUGGAGAUCAACAGCAAAGCAGUCCUGCCCCCCAUCAGCAGCCAGAGGCAGAACCACGACCGGCCACAGAGCCGCAAAGACAGCCUGGAGAGUGAAAGCUCGGCGGCCGUGGUGCCCCACGAGCUGGUGCGCACCCGCCAGCUGGAGAGUGUGCACCUCAAGUUCAACCAGGAGUCCGGCACCCUCAUUCCACUGUGCCUCAGGGGUCGGCUGCUUCACGGGAGGCACUUCACAUAUAAAAGCAUCACUGGUGACACUGCCAUCACUUUUGUGUCGACGGGGGUGGAGGGGGCCUUUGCCACAGAGGAGUACCCUUACGCCGCCCAUGGCCCCUGGCUACAGAUAUUGCUGACUGAAGAGUUUGUUGAACGAAUGCUUGAAGAUCUACAUGACCUGAAUGCUAGUGAGGAGACCAAGUUGCCUAAGGAGUACAGCUGGCCUGAGAGGAAGCUGAAGAUCUCCAUCCUGCCAGACUCUGUUUUCGACAGCCCUCUGCAGUAGAACGGACCCGCUCUGACUCGCACCCCACUGACUCUCCGCUGGGACCCCAAGGGCGCCAGUCGAGCUCUCCAAACAUCACCAAGGCCGGCAAAGACCAGACACGUCCUGGCUGUCGCGGCACACCUUUUGUGCUGCUGACGGCCGAGGCGUAAGAUAGGCUCUGUUCUUAAAAAACCCCUUUUUCUGUCUACCCGGCUCGCCCGCCUGUCCCCCACGGACCGCCCCUGCCCUUUCCCUCCCUUUGUCGUCUUUUGAGCCGCCAGCGACAAGAGGCCAUUCUAAUGCCUGAAUCUGAAAAGAAGUCCCACAAACUCAUCUUUUCCUGGUGUCCCAAACCCCGCCUCCCACCGACAGUUACGCUCAAAGAUCUUUAUCCCAGUGGCGGACGUCUGCAGGGUCACACGAGUGCGACGUCAACCGCAGGUAGACACAAGACUGCCAUGUUCACAGCCAAUCAGCAAUGCAGAGGGCAGUUCGGUACACACCAGGCAGCAAAAACGAACUUUGGGACCAGGCUGAAGCCACGUAUUAGAACACGGAAGAGAGCGAUCGCA